AUGUGUUGUUUGUGUUAGAGUGUACUUUCUUGAUCGUGGAAAAUUUAGUAUUUGGAUAUGUUGUAUUCGGUGAGUGUUUCAACAUGGUUCAAUUUCAUUUAUUUCAUCGGCUUGACGUAGUAGAAAAUAAUGGGUUUUGAUCAUUCUAAUCAAAUCUUUAGGAUAAAAAAGGAUGGGGUGUAUCAAUAGCCGUGCAGAUAUCAAUGAUCUACAUCCAAAUAUUUUUCAAGUGAUAAAUGUUGAUGAUUUAGGUAAUUUAGUUACUCCAGGACGUUUAGAAAUUACAGAUACAGAUAUAAUUUUAUAUCAACGUGGUAAACAGCCUAUAAAAUGGCCAUUACGAUGUUUACGACGAUACGGUCAUGAUGCAGAAAUCUUUAGCUUUGAGUCUGGUAGAAGGUGUUCUACUGGGCCCGGUAUUUAUGCCUUUAAAUGUCGUAGAGCAGCACAUUUAUUUAAUCUUGUUCAAACAAAUAUCCAAGUAUGUAAUAAUAGUAUAGAUGAAACAAUAUCAAGAGAGCUUCCAGUUGCUGCUCAAACAGUUCCAUCUGUAACAAGAGUGACAAUACCAUUUGAACCUAAUUAUUUAGAUCCAACGCCUACUAGAUUUAACAACCGCAUAGGUACUAGAUUUGUUCAUAAUGAACAGAAUGGAAUAGGAAGGUUAAGUAGCGUUGGAAGUAGUAAUGGUCCCAUGUCACCUCAAGGAACUAUAAGCACUCCAUCUCCUCCUCCUAUUCUACCACCACCACAACCACCACCACCACCACCAUCUAUAAUUUCUCACUCACAUUCAUCUUCACUUUAUAUCAACGAAGAAAUAUUAUUAUCUAUUCCAUUGGAAAUGGAACACAAUAAUAAUAAGAGUCUUAGGAGAACGACACAAAGCAGUGGCACAAGUGGAUGGGAAAUGACAUCCGUAACUAAAAAUCAGGAAAUAUCAUGUAGCAAUAGGCCAUUGUUAUCUUCAACAGUAUCCUACAUGAAUGUGGGCAUUAGUAAUGAAGUUAGCCCACUUUCACCAAGUCAUAUUACUUUGGAUGCAACUGCAUGUAUAGAAGAUAUUAAUGAACCAAAUAUUUCUGAACAUGCGUACAUGAAUAUAAGUCCUGGUAAUGAUCAAGCUGAUUCCGUUGCUGUUAGGGUACACCCACUACCAUUGCCAGCUUUACAAUCUAAUUCAGAAGAUGGAUCAAGGCACUGUUAUGCUAAUUUAGAAUCAGCUGAAAUUGAAAGUUUAAAGAAAAGAUUUUCAGGAAUUUCUAUAUCUGAUAAAUCACCUUUACCUCCAUCAACACCUACAGGUAUUGCAAUUAGGGAAGUUAAUUAUGCUGUUUUGGACUUGGAUAGGAAAGAUGAAUCAAUGAAUCCCUCAUUGGAUGGUGCAGUACAUUUAACACCAUCCCCACCAGAGUCUCCCAGUAAGAUACAAAAAGGAUAUGCUACAAUAGAUUUUAAUAAAACAGCUGCUCUCUGUCAUUCUGUCAAUCCUAAUCUUGUAAAUGAUAAUGAAGGUUCGCGAAAGACACGUCAUAAUUCCACAAUAAAUGACUUGUCUGCUUCUUGCAGACUUAGUUCAUCCAUUAGUGAGUAAUACAUUUAUUAUUUUAUUAUAUUCAUAUUAGAUUAUUCAUGCACUUAUACCGUUAUUAUACAUAUGCAUAAAAUCUUUAAUCUUUCAUAAAAUAAUAAUUUGUUAGUUUUUUUCUUACUUUUUAGAAUAUCUUAAAAUAUUGAUUAAGAGACAGCUUUAUAUGUAUUAUUUAGUAAAAUUUUUCUAAGUUCAAGAUUUUUAUGAUAUAAUAUCAUUUCACUUAUAUUUUUUUUUAUAUAUAAGUAUACAAGUUAUUUGAAUAGUUUCGAAUGUUACAUGUGCAGCAUACAUGUAUCAGUUUUAGAGUUUCCAGUCUGAUUCAUAAAUAUAUAAUAAUUCAUUUUAUAAAUUACAGCAUUUAAAAGAUGUAGUUUCCUCUUUAAUGUAUUUUUAGAGAAAGGAAAUCUCAAGGAAAGAAUUUUAUACAAUAAUUAAACACGUUUAUAGAAUAUUGCACAUAAAACAAUUUUUUACAUUAGAUAUUUUAACAUAUUAUGUAGAGUUAUUGGAAGAUAAAGCAUCUUAAUUUUUUUGUAUAUAUUUCUAAAACUAAUGAGGCUGAUAUUAAAGUAUAAACUAAAUGCUAAUAUAGAAUUAAUUCAGUGAUUAUUUAACAAACUUGUUGGUUUAUAUCAGAUUUGUACAUUGUUAGCUCUGAAUUUCUAGUAAUUUGUUACACACUAGCAAAAUUUCUUUUAAUUAAUCUUACACUUUUAAUAUUUGAGACUUAAUAUAUAUAAUUGCUAGUCUGUUUCUUUUUUUUUUACAUUCUUAUCAUAAUGGAUAAUCUUUGCUUCCUCUAAAUUUAUCUAUAUUUCAAGAAUUUAUAAAAAAGUAGAAAGGAAUAUAGUAAAAUUAUUUUUAUUAAGACAAUCAUUUGACAUUUAAAACUAUAUGUAUACAAGUAUAUUUCAGUAGAAAAUGAUAUUACUCCAUGCAAUAUUUAAAGUUUGUUUUAACAUUUAUCAGAAAUUAUUUAUAAAAGUGAUAUACAAAUGUGAUAAAAGUAUAUAGAGUAUAAACUAUAUAGCACAUGUGUGUGUAUGCGUGAUAAAUUUUGAGGCAGUUAAGAUAGCAAUGUAAGUGAGGAUUUUACAUAAUUUAUACCCAAACAAGAUUUGUUGUGACACAAAAUAAUAAUGACUAUUUUAUGACACUAUUAUAUAUAUAUGUUGUAGAUAAAGUAAAACAGAACAUUUCUAGUUUAUCAAUAAAGACAGGCUUCUCUUCUCAUGAUUUUUUAAAUAUUUCUAUAUGUAUGCUAAAACAGUAUGCCAUUGUAAAGAAGUGUUUAUUUAUAUGUGAUAUUGUUAAUUAAUAUUUAUUUUAUAACUUUUAGUUAUUUUAUAUGUAUUUUUUCCAGAAUAUAUUCUUAGUCUUCAUCUAAAUAUUAUGCAUAUAUAACAAUUAAAAUAUAUAAAAAAUAUAAGAAUAAGAUGCAAUUUAGAUGACUUUUUCUUCCAAUAGCUCCAAAUGUGAAGUAACAAAAAGUCAAUAUGUUUAAAUUAACAGAAGUUAAAUAUUUUAAAAAUGAAUUAUAUUGCUGUGAGAGAGCACAAGUUUUUGCGCCAUAGGUUCCCUAAGCAGCAAUUGAUCACUAGUUCCGACUUAUUUUUAUGUAAUUAAAUUUCUUACAACGACAUAAAUAUAUUGAAAAAGCUAUAGAUAAUUUUACUAUUAAGUAUGAUCCUGUGCCACACAGGAUUCACUUCAAUUAAACUAUCAAAUAUUAUCUGUGCCUGAAAGAGAGGGGCAUACAUAAAGUGCACAAGGUUAAUAAUAAGAUAUGAUUUUUUUAUAAUUAAAAUGACCUAAUUAAAAUGACCUAAGGCAUACCUACAAGUAAUAAAUGCCAAUAAAAAGUGGACUAGGAGUUUUCAAAUUACAUGAUUUGAUAAUUAGAAGCAACGAACUUAUAUUUAGAAGUAUAGAUUUCUUAAAUUGAAUAAUUUUUCCUUAAGAGUUCCUUCAAAUCAAGUGGUAACAGUCAGAGGACUUUGUACAACUUUUUGUACAAAUUCAGAUUUAUAAUUAUUUCUCUAGUUAAAAUGACAAGAAAUGUUACAUUGUAAUGUUACUUUUCUUUUACUCUUUUUAUAUUUAUAAUUUUUUCUUGAUCAUAUAGAUUAAUUUCAUUAAAUUAUAUAAAUUGAUAUUUGAAACAAAUUAUGUUUAUGCGCUACAUUUUAUUUUACAUUUGUAUAAACAGGAAUGUCUUUUUAUAAUUUUAAUUCUUUGUAAAAUUUUACAAUAGGUAUUAUAUUUGUUGUUAACUAUAAUCUUUUCUAUGCUGUAUGCAACAAGGUCAUAUUUUAUGAACAUGUACCUUCCAAAAGUAUGCAUAAACUAUAUGCCUAUAUGCAAACAAUUUUUUUAGUUAUUAUAAGUAAAAUCAGUAGAUUCA